ACUGACAUCAAAUUCCACGUUUCUGGCAAGGAUUGUAAGCAUGACUCGCUUUCUGUGAUCGAAACUAUUACCUUCGACAUUGCCCCAGUAAAAGAGGGCUACUGUAUGUCCCUAACGGAGAAAGUAAUGUUGGAAAAGACUGCCAAUUCGGAUCUCUCCCAGAAUGAUCGCUCUGUUACGCAAUUUAUGGAGCUCAUUUUCAAUCAAAUGGCUGUUACGAACCCUCAAGAACAUGCAGUAUUCGAAAACGGGAAGGUAUUCAUGUGUCAUCCGUGGUUGUUUGGCUUUACUGAGAGAGACUGCCCAGAUGUUGGUGGUGGAAAGCGACUCUUCCCUGGUACACAGAAGAGUGUCCGCUUCAUAGAAGGGCCUCUGGGACGUAAUUAUAACAAUCCGGCCCUUAUCAUUGACGCCAAAAAAGCUGCGUUUCAUGAGGAUAUACCUUUGAUUGAGAAAGCAAAACUCAUUCUCGAUGAUAAUCUGGAGGGCAGACUCACAGAUAUGCAACUGGAGCGGCUGAACUCUAGUCUAAGAGGCUUAUUCUUCUACACAAAACACAUGGGACCCGAGUGUGAUCAUCAAAUUACUGGUGUAACAAGGCACACUGCCAUAGAGACAACAUUCGAAGACCGCGAUGGACGGAGGAUUUCCGUAUUUGAUUAUUUCGAGGAGAAAUACGGUAGAAGGCUGAAGUAUCCACACGCUCCAUUGAUUAAAGUUCGUGAACGUGGUCGCAAUAACAAUUAUCCCAUGGAGCUGGGAUACCUGCGUCCAAUGCAAAGGGUCACAAUACCACAACAGACACCGGAUCAGAGUCAUAGAACAACAAGGAUCUGCGCCGUCCCUCCUGGUGAACGCCAAGACAAUAUUGCUCGAGGGGCUCGAGCCUUGAAGUUGUUUGGAUCUGAAGAUAACCCAUAUGUCACAAGUGCUGGCUUGUAUAUUUAUAAGGACCCUAUGAAGGUUGAAGGAAGGCUCUUACCACCUCCUAAGCUGAGAUAUCGCGAUGACUUAGCUGUUGUUAGAGAUGGGAAAUGGAGGACUCCUCGUGGACAUCUUUUAAUACCGGCAGAAUGCGGAGUGUGGGCCGUUUAUGGCUUGGUAGCCAAACAAAACAAGAGAGAUGUCCAAAGGUUAAUAACACAAUUCGCCGAAAUCUUCUUCAAGGAAGCCUGUAACCGAGGACUACGUCUUCCUCACCCCUCUGAAAUUCUGGUCGUCGACAACGAGCAUGAACUGCGAGAUGUCCUAAAAGAAGCCGCGCACCACGAUUGCAAAUACUGUCUGAUUAUCACCGCUGACAGCAUUACUACUGUCCAUAAAUUGAUCAAACUCUGGGAACGGGAACUCGAAAUGGUCACCCAGGAUGUGAAGCUUUCCAAUGUGGAGAAGGUAGUAAAGGAAAAACGCAUGGUUACGAUGGAGAACAUCUUGCUCAAGGCUAAUUUAAAGCUUGGAGGCUUGAAUUAUGAGAUAGAGAUGAAUGGGCAAGUGGCAAGCGAUGAAGUAAGAAACUGGAUUAGACCUGGACGUCUCCUUCUUGGAAUAGGCGUAAGUCAUCCACCGCCAUCGGGAAACUUCGACGCAGACAAGGCAGCUCCUUCGGUUGUUGGUUACGCGGCAAAUUUCAAAACGAAUCCUUAUGACUUUGUUGGAGAUUAUUUAUUCCAGAGUUCGAGGAGGGAAGAAACGGUGACCACAAUGUCUGAUAUUGUCAACAACGUGGUUCCGAAAUUUGCGGAAAACCAUGGUGGAAAAUUCCCAAGAGAUCUCAUAAUCUAUAGGAGUGGUCUUUCUGAAGGAUCUUUCAGCACGAUGCUCACUCAUGAAAUACCUCUUCUUCGAGGUGCACUUUCUACAUUAGGUGUGAAGAAUGUCAAAAUUGUAUUCAUUGUUGCACAAAAAGAACAUAAUGUUCGGCUUAUGUUGGAACGCAUUGACCGCACCCGUAAACCCACCGAGCAAAACAUUCCUCCUGGUGUUGUUGUAGAUCAGCAGCUCACUCAUCCAUCAUUCAAGGAAUUCUAUCUUAACUCGCACAUUACUUUGCAGGGGUCUGCUCGCACUCCGCGAUAUACUGUACUAGUUGACGAUUUGAACUUAUCGAUGGAUGAACUGGAAGGAAUGACAUACGUCCUCACUUAUGAUCAUCAAAUUGUGAAUCUCCCCACAUCCCUUCCAACGCCUUUGUAUGUUGCGAAUCGUUACGCGGAACGAGGUCGUAACACAUAUGCUGCCCACCUCAUUUGUUCGGGCUCAGCCUCGUCGGAUUCCGGAUCAUCUAUCGAUUAUGGACGCCUUGCCCAACAGCUUUCCUACAAUGAUACAAAAUUAUGCAACAUUCGUGUGAAUGCGUAG